AUGGCAGCAGAAGAUGGAGAUUCCGAUUCGGACACACUUCCGCCCUUGUUUGAUGCCGACCCCCUGCAGUUCUCCACGGCGCCUCAGCCCCAAACUCUGGCGCGUCGUGAUGGAUGGAGCGUCAUCGAACAGGCAUCUCAGGAUGGAGGGUGCAUGCGCUGGAUGGUGUGUGAUACCGCUUUGUCUCUUGAUCAGACACGUGUGGAACUCACUCCGCCAGAUCCGCAAGGCCAGCGCCAGUUUGUCCGCAACAGCUUGCGGGCAACGUCCCAUCAAAUCAUGGCAUUGGCCGUCGCUGUGGCUCUUAACUCCAGUUCCGAUUCCCAAGUCUUGUGCGUGCUGGGUGGUGGAGGAAUGGCAUUGCCCAUGGUGUUGGUGACUCACGUCCAUUCUGCAUGGGUGCAUGUGGUGGAGCUUCAUGACGUCGUUAUCGAUUUCGCCGUCAACUACUUCGGGGCGUUGCACACACGACUUCGUGUAGAGCAAGGUGAUGCAAUUAGAAGGGUCCUGCAAGGAAGCCUCCCCAAAGAUCUAGCCGCUCUUGCAAUUGACAUUGAUUUCCUUCGUGGAGAGACUCCUCCAGAAUUCCUGUCCGCGGAGUUUUGGAGAGCUCUCUGGCUGUCGAUGUUGCCUGGUGCCAUUAUUGCGGUCAACACCAUUGCCUGCUCCGAAGAGUCUGAGAUCGGUGCAUGUGUAGUCGAGCCUGGACAGAGCGAUCGCAAAGUUUGGACUGCACUAAUUCCACGACCAAGCGUGCUCUUGCUUGGCCUGAAAGUCGUGCUCUCAAAGAUGGAGGGCGCGCAUGCUGACCCCUGCCUUGAACAGCGCUUGCCGAGCUGGGUCAGGCCAAUUUCACUUGAUUUGAUGAAAGCCAUGGUGCAGAGAAGCUUGACGGUUUCCUGGCUGGAACAAAAAGUCUUUAUGCCAUUGGUUUGA